AUGGAAGUUGAGCUUAUGUUGCACAAGACGGUAAUUUAUUUGACAUUUGGCAUUAUUAUCACUCGAGUGGAAGUGCAUCUUUGCUGCACUAAAAUGGAUUCAGAAUUCUUUCCUACACUGAAAUCAUCAAGAAUUAUAAUUUUAUCAUCCAGAAAUCGGAUAAGAUGGCGAAAGUUGGUGUAG